CUUUACUCUCUUCCUAUAUAAAGGGAUUAGACUUUUGUAUUCACAAGCCAAUUCAAAAUACAAAAUACAAUUCUCUUCUAUACUUUCUAGAACAUGUAUUCGUUUCGUCACUGGUCUGAGAAAACCCUAGAUGAGAUGAGCGAAGGGGACUGGAGAAUCUUCUGUGCAAAAUUCAACAUCAAUUACAAAGGUGCCAGAGUUCCUCCGCCCAUGAGGAAUUGGUCUGAGAGUAAACUCAGCGCCGAGCUUCUUAAUGGAGUCCAGCGAGCGGGCUACGAGAAACCCUCCCCAAUACAGAUGGCUGCUGUUCCUAUUGGUCUGGAACAUCGCGAUCUCAUCGGUAUUGCUCCCACCGGCUCUGGUAUGACUGCCGCUUUCGUCCUUCCCAUGCUGAUGCAUGUUUAUAAUCUGAUGGUUGAAUCAGAGAAGAGCAUCGAUGAUGAUGAUGACGAUCAGGGACCUUGUUCUCCUUAUGCUCUUGUGUUGGCCCCUACACGAGCCCAUGUUCUCCAGAUUGAGGAGGAGACUGUUAAAUUUGCCCCUUAUCUCGGAAUCAAUAUUUUCUCCAUACUUGCUGGGCAGCCAAUUGAUGAGCAAGGUCCCAGAAUUCGUCAAGGGCGCUUCCAGGUUGUGAUAGCCUCUCCAUUCCGUCUUCUACACUGUUUGCAAAGGCGCUAUCUCGUCUUAAACCAGUGUAACUAUGUUGUUCUUGACCAAGCAGACCGUAUGAUUGAUAUGGGGUUUAAAGAUCAGGUCACAGAAAUCCUAGAUUCCAUGCCCCGCCUGCGGAAUAACAAUAACAUGAAACCCGAGAAUUUAGAUGGUGAAGAUGAAGAAGAAGUUGAUGGGAAACAGGUUUAUCGCACUACACAAGUCUUCAGUGCCACCAUGCCAUGGGCUGUGGAGAGGCUGGCGAGAAAAUACUUGAGAAAUCCGAUUGUUGUUAGGAUAUGCACAGAGGAGGAGGCCAAUGAACCCCCCAUCACACAACAUGUGAUCAUGAUGAAACCCUCUGAGAAAUCCAGGAGAUUACGGAUUUUACUGGACGAGCUUGGAGAUGGUAAGACUGCAAUUGUGUUCACAAACACUAAGAGCGAUGCAUGUACUAUUGCUAAAUUCUUGGGUAAGGAUGGCUAUCGCGUUGCGUUACUACAUUGGGGCAUGGAGGGGGAGCAAAGAAGAAUCAUCCUGGAUGGCUUGAAGAACAAUGAACACAAUGUCUUGGUUGCUACAAAUGCUGCAGCAUAUGGAAUAGAUGUUCCUCAUGUUGCACACGUGAUAAACUACGACAUGCCCGGGGACAUCGACACAUAUACUAAUCGUAUUAGCCGUGUUGGUGGCGGCAUUUCAACAACAUUUUUGACACUGGAUGACACAGAUGUGUUCUGUGAUUUGAAGCAACUGCUCGUUCAAAGCAAUUGUCUUGUGCCUCCCGAACUUGCCCAAGCAUGACGACUCAUUCAGUCUUCUUUCAAAAGUCAUUUUAUGGAUGAAACAUCAUGGUAUUUAAUAUUUAUUUAUUUGUCAAAUAGUAGUGUUUGCUCCGUAUUUAUUAGCUAGUGUUCACAGAGUAUUGUUUAUCCAUAAUUGUUAUUUAGUUUAGUUAAAUAAGUGAGCUGAUUAUAU